AUGACCGCCCCAUCUCAGAAAUCGUUUGUGACCCAAUCGGGCACACCACCCACCGUAACUGCCAGUGCCCGACUCGAGAAGAGCCACCCCGGAGUACGACGUUCCACCCCAGAUUCCGAAGCCCUUGCCUCGUCCGACGAUGACGGAGACCAUCUUUCGCACACACAGACGAUCACGGCGCCUACGGUGAAGCCAGCACGUCGGACUUCAUGGCUCAAUGAGGUUCCUCUUUCCGUGCAGAGGAAACAUUCUCUUUCCGGUGGCCCUCUCUCAUCUGCACCCUCCAACCCCGCAAGUCCCUCCGGUGAUCAGGCGCCCUGGGCGGCGAACCCCAGCCCUAGCAUGAGUGGAUCGUUCAACUGGAAUCAGUCGGGGAACAGCUCUUUCCCUUGGGGAACAGCUAUAUGGAAUGCAGAAUCCCGCAAGGAGCCCCCAUCGCGCCUUUCUGAAAUCGUUCCCUCUCCGACCAUGGCCAACCCCCCCAUCAGGGCUAUUCCGUUCGCGAUCCCGUUGCAGCCUACCCCGAAGACCUACCGUUCACAGUCAUACUCCGUGGGACAAAUGGACCCUGAGUAUCUCGGCAUGAUAGCGAAGACAGCAGGUGGUGCGCAAUAUCCGGGUGGCCGUUCUCGUGUGCCCGGUCAAACGUCAGCUGUCCAGCAACGAGCGCAAAGACCCAGUGUUCUUGGUGAAUUGGGCCAUGACCCAGCCAUGCUUGGUCGUGUUCGCGAAGAUGAUGAUGGCGACGAGAGCCUGAACGGUUCUGAGACUGAGCUGGGCUACUCUGUCAGUCAAGCUCGACAAAUCGAACAGCUCGCCCGUGAAAAUGCUCUUCUCCGCCAAGCCGCGGCUGCAGGCCAAAUGGAUGGCCGAUUCCGCGACCGUGCUUCUUCAUCUGCUUCUAAUGCUGGUGUUCACGCCGCUCAUCGGAUUCAUGGUGUCGUUUCGGAGGAGGACCUAGCGGCUGAGGACCUUGGUGAAUUACGCGACAUCCAUGGCUACAACAUGCGCGGCAACACCAGGCGCCGAUUCUCUGAGCAUUCCGCCAACCUAGAGCAUCAGUUUUCAUCCUUUGCCGCUCCAAUAGAAAAUCGCGCUCUGGACAACGUCCGCAAGGCACACUGGCAAACCUCCCUUGGCUUUGGGGGCGCAGCUGAACUUCCUCAAAGCCGUCGUCAUUCCUUUGCUGAUAUUCCUAUUCGUCAUGAUUCGAUAAGCUCUGUGGACUCCCACAGCACUGCCACUCCUCGAGCGGGCCUCGGAGAUCGUCAAGAUACGUACGGCAAUGUCCAAGACUUCCCCGGCUCCAUUCAGGCACAAUACUACGCUAGAGAGCAAACACUGCGCGGUGAUGGCUCCUCGGGCAUCCCAGCUGCUCUGAACCAAUAUGCAAUGAACAAUCCUUACGGUCGCCAACCUCCUGCAUUAUCGCAUGCCCACCAGAACCAGCUUUUGUACAUUGUUACGUUUAAGUGUCAUCGUGCGGAUGUCUUCUACAUUCAAGAGGAUACUGGACUACAAGUCAAGGCUGGCGAUUUGGUCAUUGUGGAGGCUGACCGUGGAACUGAUCUGGGUACGGUGCAACAUGCCAAUGUAUCUCUCCAGCGAGCUCGGGAACUUAAACAGCAAUACGCAGAGGAGCACUACAAGUGGCUCAUGAUGUUUUCACGUCAAGGUCAACUGGAGGGUUCCAGUGUAGCCAAUCCAGGUCUGACGGCUCGAAGUGCCACGGGCGGAAUGGGCCCCCAUGCACAUGGCGUCCAGGAGACAUCUGCAGAGAUUAAACCCAAGCUCAUCAAGCGCCUUGCUCAGAGCCAUGAGAUUUUGACACUCCGCGACAAGGAGGGAAAUGAAGCUAAAGCCAAGCGUGUAUGCCAGCAAAAGGUUGCUGAGCAUCGACUGAACAUGGAAAUUCUGGAUGCUGAGUUUCAAAUGGACUGGAAGAAACUCACCUUCUAUUACUUUGCUGAUUCCUAUAUCAACUUUAACUCAUUGGUCACCGAUUUAUUCAAAAUCUACAAGACUAGAAUCUGGAUGUCGGCUAUCAACCCUGCCUCGUUCGUGACGCCACCCAGUGCCGGGCUGUCUGGUCCAGGAGGAAUGCCAAAUCCCCUGUACAGUCAAGAGUCUCCCGGCGAACGACGUCAUCAAGAGCGAGUUUACGGAGCUCGUGAUGUAGAUCCCAGCCGCGAGAUGCAAAACCCUGUAGGGAUGCUCCGCACAGCUUUCACGGACACAUACCAGCCAUUCGCUCAGUCAUCUCGCCAGCUGGAUGGCGCUCAACCUGAUCCUUUUGCUCCAUAUUCACCUACCAGCUUUGGACCGUUAGAGACCGGUUUCUCUGACUACAACCCUAGUGACUCACCUAAUGCUCGCGUGCAUUCUGCACAGGGUGAAUGGGCUAGCCGAUUCCAAGGCCUUUCACUCAAUUCUUGA